AUACAGGUGACGGACAGAUUUGAGAAUCCCUUUACGCAGCUCUCUUCGCGCAGGGCUCUCGUUUGCGGCGGCGCUCGAGUACAUCAUUAGUCAAUUGAGCGCUACAAUUGAUCACGGCCCGCCAAUAAUCCAAUUUCAUCCAUAUUUCAGACAUUCCCUACACGACUACUCAAUUCGAAAAGAACCCCUAUCAAUUAUCGUUGAACGAGCUGUUUUUCUUUUACGUUCUUUUCAUGAAAUCGCGUGAUAUCGCAUAACGAACGAUCGCGCAAAAAAAUAGCGCACCGAAUUCAAGCGACUUCCGGUCAAAAGCGUCUUUCCCCACUGUAACUAACCUGUUUGUCGGUGGGAUUUCGUCUGAAAGCUGUUACCGAUAAUGAAUAAUUUUUUUCAUUUCCACAUUGGAUGUCGCAUGGAGGAUAGACGUUCAACGACCACUGACUUCGACGUAUUGUCGGAAUUCCGAUGAUUUUCACAUAAUAUUGUAAAAAACAAGCAUGAAAUUGACAGUCGCAUGAAAGAAGAAUGACGUUCGAAAGUAUUGUUUUCACGCUUGCGAAAUGACAGUGGAGGGGGAAUGACGUAGCGCGACUCGGUCGUGCGUUUGUCACAAAACUCGCAGAUCGUAAAUAAACAAUGAAAUCGUAAGAGGCUGACUGAUGAUUUGCGCAUGGAAAAUCGUGACCGGCGUCGUUCUGAAUUUUGACAGACUAGUCAACGACAGCCACAAUCGCGAAGGGGGAGUAAUGCGUUGCAGCAGGGGAGGGAGAGAGUUCAACGCCGAUUGGCGCGAGCGGAUUGCUCGACUGCUCGAGUCAAACGAUAAGCUCGUGUGUUGCACGAGCCAUCGGAAAGACAGUUUCAAAAUCGUCCUCCUCGGUGAGGGCUCGGUCGGAAAAACUUCCGUUGCCCUUCGUUACUCGGAGGAUGUCUUCAAUGACAAGUCCAUUUCCACGACACAGGCGGCGUUUUUCAAGAAAAAAUUGAACAUCAAUGGCAAAAGGGUUAAUCUUGCCAUCUGUGACACCGCCGGCCAAGAAAAGUUCCAUGCCCUCGGGCCUAUUUAUUAUCGACAGUCCAACGGAGCUAUACUGGUCUACGACAUAACGCAGGAACGAACUUUUCAACAGGUCAAGAGCUGGGUGAAAGAACUGAAAAAAAUUCUUGGUGGAGAAAUUCUUCUUGCCAUAGCUGGUAAUAAAAUUGAUCUUGAAAAAGAUAGGAAUGUCACUGUUCAAGAAGCCGAAGAAUACGCAAAACAAGUAGGAGCUGUGCACUUCCACACGUCGGCCAAGCAGAAUCGAAACAUCGAAGAGAUGUUUCUGGAUUUGACUCAAAGGAUGAUGGCCUAUGCCGAUGAGAUGGAGCAGAAAGAAUCGCUGACGCGAACUAACAGCAUGCGACGUAAUGUCGUUAUAGUUGAGGACGAGAUGGACGAGAGUCGAACGAACAAGAGUUCCUGCUGCGGGGGAGGCCCUUCUCAAGCCUCGUAACUCGGGGCCCUCGUCGCUUUUAUUCCUCAAACCCUCGUGUGAAAAGCUUUAAAUAUUAUAUAAUAUGUAUCUAUACACAUCAGGUGGGUUUCAGAUGAUAGGCAUCAGAUUUUCCAUUACUCGAGCUAUAAAAAGGAAAAAGUAAAACUAAACUCAUAUAUAUCAAUGCAGAAAAAUGAUGUCUCAUAUACUAUCGUUAUGAUUAGUUAAUAUAUUAUCAAUCGGGUAUGAAUGAUAAUUAAUAUCUUCAACGUAUAAUAUUUGUUACAUCAUUACUACUGCGGCUGUCAUGCAAUUUUGUUACAUAUUUUAUAAUAGUUCAUAUAUAUAUAAUCAGAUAUAUGAUGAUGAUAAAAUAUGAGAGAUGUAUAUAUUAGUCCUUUUUCUAUGUACUCUGUGAAGAUGUAACGCAUCUGCUCGUAAAAUCACCGUCAACUCGCUCUUUAUCCACCGAAGUUCGAAACCAAAAAGGAAUUGAAUGAAAGAGGAUUUUCGAAAACAUGUCAAAUCAGACGAAGUGUUCGCACGUGCGUAUAAACGUGAAAGAUUUAAAUGAACUGGGGAGUACGUGUUCUAUGCAUACUGCCAAAUGAUGGGGAUGUGUGCGUUCGUUCGGUCGAAUAAAUUUCCGUGGAAAAUGAAAUUUUCCACGGAAAAACGAUAAAAGAGUCGACCUAUCGCUCGUUAUUAUUACUGUACCAUACCACUAAAUUUUAAGUACAACACUGCGACUCGAUCGUGUAUAUUAUCGAAGCCAUAUGAAUACGUAUAUGUAACUAAGGGGGACAUUGGUCUCGGUGUAAAAACCCCGAAUGACGUAACGAAGGGUACCAGAAUAUUUGUAGAUCGAAGCGUUUUAGACAAAACUUUGAUUCGAAAGUACGAUUGAUGUACGGUGCAAUAAAUCUGUAACAAAAGUCGA